UUAAAAACUCACAAAAAACAUCAUUUUUUGGAAGCAAAACACAUUUGUGAUAUUUGUGGAAGAGCUUUCAAAACACCAUCUAAUUUGAAAUCACAUCAGUUAUCUCAUUCAGGGGUACGGAAUUUCUCAUGUUCAAUUUGCAAUAUGGCCUUCAUUCACAAAGCAUCUUUGAAAAAACACCUGCGUACACAUGACUCUAAUCGAAAAGUAGUACAGUGUAACUUGUGUAGUAAAAUUUUCAAAAAUCGAACCAACUUAAAUCGACACAAUAUUACAGCACAUAGUGACUUGAAACCUUUUCAGUGUGAAUUUUGCUCUAAAACUUUUAAACUAAAAUCUCUUCUAGAUCAACAUGCAAAUCUGCAUAAAUUGGAGAAAAACUAUUCUUGUAAAUAUUGUGAUAAAAAAUUUGCUUUCAACAGUAGCCUGUAUUCUCAUGUCAAGUGUCAUCAUAAAGAAAAGUUAAAUGUAAGUGACCUUGAAACAGGGGUUAAAUGCUACUUAUGUGGAAACUUUUUUGAAUCUAAUUUUGCCUUAGCUUCUCAUGUUAGAACUCACAAUAAUAAUGUAGCUAUUUAA